UCUUUCUCUUCGCCUGGUUUAAUUUUCAUACCCCAUUUCUUGUCUUUUCCAAUCUUUUCUUCAUUCUUCUAGCUAGCCCUUCUUUACUCUCUCUUUAAUUAUAUUUUUUUACAGAGAAGUAGUACAAUAUAUACUUAGAAACUUAUCAUAAUAUCAGAUCGGAUCAUAUUAAACCUCUUUCUAAAGUAGAACAAAUAUAAGAUUAUUCUCAGACUCGGAUUAAUAUAUAAAGACCAUGGAAAACUCCUCAUCUGCAUCGUAUAUCCACCUGGUGCACCGUUUGAUAGAGGAGUGUAUCCUCUUCAACAUGAGCAGAGAAGAGUGUAUGGAAGCUCUUUCCAAACAUGCAAAUAUUCAGCCCGUUAUUACCUCCACCGUGUGGAAGGAGUUGGAGAAAGAGAAUAAGGAGUUCUUCGAGGCAUACUCAAAUAGCAGAGCCCAGAGAGCAGCAGCUUCAGAGCAAGACACAAGGCAAAUGAUUCGCGACAUGCUCUCAGAUCCUUCCAAACAACGAGUUUAGCUUUUGGACGCAAACAAGGUAAGUAGGUAACUGAGGUCACCAAUUGAGGUUUGUUUUGAAUUGACAAUAGAGUGGAAUGGCGAAGGAGCAAGCUGGCGGGGACAAAACGACGCGGGAGAAGGGAACAGAACGGCGUCGUAUUAAUAAUGGACGGUACAAAUGUCUCUGUUUGAUUUGUCUUAAUAUGUGCAAUUAGUUGAAGUCAACACAGCACUUCUAUACACUACAGUGACUGGGAGAGCGUGACGUGGAUGCACGUGUCAAAUAAUUACUCGUAAAGAGAAUGUGUAAGACUCAUGAGUCCAUAUGUACAUCUAGAUUAUCAUAUUAUAUAAAGAGAAAUGUAUUAGCAUUUCCCAUCAUUUACAUUUAA